AUAUCUGAGACACGAUAGUGAAAAAAAUAGUGCAUCUAUAUAUUCUCCCCUGGUAUUCUUAGCCUGUCAGUGUGAUUAUGGGUUUCAUAUCAGUCGACGUGUUUUGUUUUAUAGUUCUAUAGAGGAUAGAGCUUGUUUCUAUAUGUAGUACCACAAUGUACAAGCCAAUAGACAGGGUUAAGUCAAAACCGGAGUCACCUUGCGAUUUUUCGCUCAAUACAUGUACUUAUACAAGUGUUAAGAAGAUAAGUGGCCAUUAAUUGCUCUCUCCCAGACCAGAAACCGUAAUACCUAAUUCAACAUUUGUCUAGGGAAAUAUUUACUGACUGCAUAAUAGAUAACGCAGUAAGACGGUAGGUCACAUAUUACAGUGGCACGCGUACUGUGUGUUUAAGACAUGCAGGUUUCAUGUAUAAAGCAGAUAUUAAAGCGUGUCACCAGCUCAUAGAAAAAAAAUUAAUAAGCCGUAUCCAUACUCGAGUAUGUGGAAACGCUCCGACGUAAAUAGUGAAAACUGCAGUGUAUGGAUAUGGAGUUGUGUGAUGAUAGGGAUUGAUGCGUUUAAUUUAUGGGAAUACACGAGCCAUCUGGCCUACUACCUGAGAGGAUACACAGUCUCCAAUCACUACGCCCCACUGACAGGGUACCUCACCUGUAUCAUAGUCCUGGCUGUGAUAUGGCUUCUCACCUCCGGCAUACUCUUCUUUGGCGUUUGUAUGAAAAACAAGAACCCUUGGCUGUUUCUUCCAUGGGUUAUUACGACUGUGAUCAUCUCAUUGGCCUACAUCGGCGACUGCAUCAUGUAUUUCAUGUACGUGAGCGUCAUAUGGGGAAUAAUAACAAUCUGCAUUUUCCUCGUGCUCAUAUCGUCAAAUAUCUAUGCAUUACUGUGCGUGGGGUUUUACUUUAAGUUACUCAGGAAGGGAAAAGAUGCGCCCCACGAACGCUCUCGAUCUCGAAAGCCUCACGCACGUGAGGGAAGCCAAAAGAAGGGGACCUCAAACAAGGGCUACGAGUACCCCCUCGGGGAGCGCCCCACGCCAGAGUAUCCAAAACACGGGUUCCGUGGUCAGAGGUAUGCCUCAAGGAGUUCGGAGCAUGAUCAGAACCAAAUGCCACCGCCGUACGAAGAACACUCUGGUGACCGCGUGUGAUGUGAAUACUUGACUGCAUGAGGCCAUUUGUCUCUGACGUAGGGCAUACAAUGCAUUAUAGAAAGAAAUUUUGGUUUUAUCAUUGUUUUACUCAUCUUUUGGUGGAAGAAAACAACGUACUGUCUGAGUUUGAAGAUUCAAGGAUUCCACUAUUUGAAUUGUGUGUGCUUAAAUGCAUCAAGCAAUGCCGCCAUUACUUUAAACAGGUGAUCUUUAGGUUCUAAUGACGAAGGCAAAAGGUAAAUCUUCCAAUCUCUGAAAGGGUGAGUGUUGAAGUGAAUACGCCCUCCUUUUUCGAGAAGGAAGAAGCUGGAGAUAGAUUUUAAAGAGGGUCGAGUCUCUCCCGCCCUUGAACAACGUUUAAGUGAUAUAAUUCGGUUUUCAAUGGAGCAGUUCGGAUUCCCAUUUUCUAAAGAUGCCUUCCUUAUGACCAUGAAUAUAAUAUUUAUUUUUAAUUAUAUUUUUGUAAACUUUUGAAUUUUCGAGUGGGACAAAUAACCAUCUACGUCUAAUGGUACACAAGACAAAAAUCCACCCGAACGUAGAACGCGUCAAACAAGUAGUAUUAACAUUUAUCGAGAUAUGAGAGAAUUGUUUCAUAUUUUAGAGUUUUUAUAUCACUUUUUGAGCCUUUUGUACAUUAUUUGCUAGAUGCUAAGUAGCAUACAUGUAAUGUUUAGGAUGCAUCCCAAGCAAAAUUUCGUAUGUACCUUGGAAACUUCCGUUGAAUUCUUAGUAAUAAUACAUUGAUUAUUUAAAGAAUCUCGUUUUUUUUCGUGGCACAUGCAAGCAGAUGCAAAGAUUCCAACUUUUGUAAUUGAAGUGCCUUGGUCGAUGUCGAUCUUUUAAACUAUAUUUGUGGAUAUAUAAUUUAUGUAGAUAUCAAAUGUACAAAAAAUUAUCACAUGAGUUGUUGCUUAUUUAUUUAUUGACACUGCGUAGAAAAGUGAUUGUUUAGUUUAUGCUGUUUAUUUGUGAUAUAAAUCUAUCUUUUAAU